GAUUAUACACGUCAUGGAUGGACCUGCACGGAGCACCGGACGCCCUCCGCUACCGGAUGUUCUCAUUAACUCUGGGAGAAAAAGCACAAAGAUGGUACCAUUCGCUCACCCCACAUUCGAUCGCUAAAUGGUCACAAUUAAAAUCCAUGUUCCGAACCCACUCCAUCGGAUCCCAAGCGUGCCGAAUUCCCAAAGAAUCGAUCACUCACAUUAUCCAGGGAGCAGACGAGAGUUUGAAGAAUUACAUCACUCGUUUCAAUGAACGGGUACAAAACAUGGAACCGUGUCAUCAGGAGACUCUGCUCGUUUCGGCAUAUUCAGGACUGAGACCAAAAUCGAUGUUCAAAUGGACCCUCUGCCAGAACAAACCUCAGACGUAUCACGAAUUUUUGAUGAAAGCUCAACAACAUAUCAUGGCAGAAGAAAACAUGUCCGUCCCGUCGUUCCCAGCCCUGAACGAGAAAAUCGCCGAAGCAAAGGAGUCCCGACCGAACAAGGAGUUUGUGAAGGACGAAAGAAUCUCCCAAUUUCGAGCCAUGCAGAGGAAACAUCACGAGGAACUCACGAACAGCUACCAGGGAGUGUAUUCGGCCGGCGCGGCCGUAGUGUAUGAAGAGUUGAAGAACAAGGGAAUCAUCCCCGACCCCAGACCGAUCAGGGUGGAUGAAGAAAAUCUAGACAAAAGCCGAUAUUGCGCUUACCACAAAGCGCAUGGCCACAAUACCGACCAGUCUAAAGCCAUGCCCAGGAACUCGAAUACGAUACCGUUAUCGAUGCCAUUAACUACUAACCCAACAGAACAUCCAACCCACACUCAUCAUGACCCUGAAACACAUGUAGCAACAUCACAUGCCACGUCGCAACUUCAUCAUACUUCUCCACGUCGAGAAGAGCGGACUCAUGUAACUGUUAAUCCCGUAACGAACAAUCAAGCCCCAGAUCAGCCUUCUGUGCAGGACAUGACUGCUGAAACUCAUUCUGCUCAUCACCAGAGAAUUUCGCCACGUCCUAGACCCAUUUCGUCAGCACCUCACGCUCGCGAAGAUUUGCGGCGCCAAAUUGAACGGAAUCGUCUUUCAAGACAUAGUGCAGAGGAAAUUGAAACUCUCCGUAAACGCUUGGCUGAACUUGAGACGCGACAGAAGUCACAGGAAGACUCUACGCGACAUGUCACGAUGUCGGGAAAUGUUAUUAUCGAGACGGAUUCCCCUUUAGCCCCCGAACUCACUGCGGAGGCACUCCCUGUGAAAGUAAAAAUCCCGCAAAUUGGCAUGUAUGAUGGGACAUCAGAUCCGGAUGCACACUUGGGCCAUUAUACAUCCUGGAUGGAUUUACAUGGUGCUUCAGACGCUUUGAGGUGUCAGAUGUUUUCGCUUACACUGGGGCCACGAGCACAAAAAUGGUACAUACUCUCCCACCUCAUUCGAUUUGGAAAUGGCAACAGUUGCAUGCAGCUUUCCGAUCGCACUUUAUCGGUGCUCAAAUUUGCCUUAUUCCGAAAGAAUCGAUUACCAACAUUGUGCAAAAGGAUGACGAGACUGUUAAAGACUAUGUGUCUCGGUUCAACGACCGGAUUCAGAACAUGGAGCCUUGUCACCCUGAAACUUU